AGAACAAAAGUCGGGUCAAGGACUGGAUUGUUCAUUUCUUCUCCCUUAAGAAUUUUUGCCUUUAAAAAAGAAGAUGCUAAAGAUAAUGUUCCACACAUGUACGGAGGUACCUUUUUACUUACUUUAGACUUCUCUUCUACUUUAUUUUCUCCACUCUCUGUUCUCUGAAUCCUUCAUCGAACUUCUCUCCAGCAACAGUAGCUUGGUGAUCAGCAGGUUGUAUUCAAUAUUUGAACAAAGCAAGAUUUGAAAGCAUAUACUCAAUGGCUAAGGAAGAAGCAAAAGCAAUUAGCUUGAAGGCCUUGGUGGAUAAAGAGAACAAUAGAGUUAUAUUUGCGGAAACAGAUGAGGAUUUUACUGAUGUUCUCUUUAGUUUCUUGACAAUGCCCAUGGGAACAAUCAUCAGGCUACUUUCUAAUAAUAAUCAACCACCACCUGUGGGAAUAGGUUGCAUGAACAAUUUGUAUGAAAGCAUUAAGAAUCUUGACAUGCUGCGUUUCCGGAAUGAAGCAUGCAAGACCAUGUUGCUAUGGCCCAAAAGCGGCGCUGCACCUCAAAACAAGAGACUAAAAUUGCAAAUUGACGAUAGCGAGCUGCAGAGGUACUUCUUGUGCAAUAGGGAUUGCACCCUUAAUACGCACAAGUUACUGAGUCUCUACCCUAAUGCUGUUUGCGAAUGUGGAGGGCUCAUGAAUAGGACGAUCGAGUUGUCAGAGAAUGAUAAUAUACAGAAGUCAGUUUCUGAUGCUCGAGAUAGAGGAGUGUUUGUUCAAGGACUGACCCAAUUUAUAAUAAGUGAUGAAUUACAAGUAAAGCCCUCAUCAGUAGAAGCAAGCCUGUCUGUAUUAUCCAAGCUAGGUUACAUGGACUUUAGCACCAUUGAGGAGCACAACAUCGAUAUAGGAGUAGAUGAGGUUCUCGCUUUGCUCAAGUGCUCACUAGUGUCAAAGACACCGUUGACAGAAACUCUGUUGAAACAAAUUUCAGCACCAAAGUUCGGCGAAGAAGAUUUUGAUCAGAACAUCUAUGUUGAAUAUAAAUUACAAGAACCCGAAUCAAAUGUGGCUGAGAAUAUUCAUGACAAAUUAGAUUUUGAUCAGAACAUGUAUGUUGAAUCUAAAAUAGAAGAAUCAGAAUCAAAUGUGGAUGGGAGGAUUCAUGUAAAGCUUAUCAUCAGCAAAUCCAAGAAUAUGGUUUGUUAUGCCGAAGCAAGUGAAAAAUUUGUUGAUUUAGUCUGCAGUUUUCUCACGAUUCCACUUGGUUAUAUUAUAAAAGAAAUGCAGAGUAGCAUUUCAAAAGGAUCCUUAACUCACCUUUACAAUAGUGUUCAGGAACUCGAUGUUGAGAAAUACUUGAAAUCUAAUGAUCACAAGGAUAUGCUCAUCAGUCCAAAGCUCGCCCCUGAUUUUAGCUAUGAGAAGCAUCCUUUAGGCAUUGAAGAAGCUUUGCACCCAACAUACUCUUAUGGAGAAUAUUGGCAGUAUAAUUAUUCUUAUCCAACUCAAUUUCAACUGACACUUGAUGGUAAAAUCCCUUCUUCUUGGAGAAGCUCAAUUUUAACCGUCAAGGAUCCUAAGUCUCAUUUUAAAGAAGCCACAAAUGGAGGAUUUGUGACUGGACCAAAAAUGUUUACCUUAUUCGACAAUUUGAUCAUCACACCCGUAUCUCAAAUCUCAAGUCUGUCUCUUCUGAAGAAAUUGAAACUACCUUUAAGUGAUAUUGAGGUGCGUGUUGUGCAUGUGGGCAGUGAGGAGGCUUCAUGUCUAUUGAUGGCUUUGUUUGUGUCUGAAUCUGCUCUAACCAAUGCCUUCCUUAGAGAGCCAAAUCCAGGAUUUUGACGGUUCUCCUCUAUUAGAUAAAACAUGGCAUGUUGUUUAUAAUCAGAAGCCUAUGCAUAAUUAUGUCAGAAUUUGUUUUGCACUGUCAAGCUUAAAGGUUGUUGCAUUAUCAUUUAAAAGUAAGUUUCAUUCCAGUUACAGUAUUGAGUUUGCUACAAAAGUUCCUCAUUAAUAAGGAAAAAGCAU